CAUUCAACCAAAACAAGCACACAUACGCUCACAAACACACACAGUCUCACAUUCAGGAGAACCACAUAGUCUAACAGCCGCUAUGGGAGACCUGGAUGUGAUGCCCCAGGCCAAGGCCCAGGGUGUGAGGAUAGCCUGCCCAGCCAGAGGGCCCCAGGUGGGGGUGAAGGAGGGGCUGGUGGCUCGGUCCCUGGAGGCCAGAGGGCCCCAGGUGGGGGUGAAGGAGGGGCUGGUGGCUCGGUCCCUGGAGGCCAGACAGUUUGCCUACUGCCCCUACAGCAGCUUCAGGGUGGGAGCAGCCCUCCUGACUCCCGAUGGCUCCGUGUUCACAGGGUGUAAUGUGGAGAACUCCUGUCACAACCUGGGAGUUUGUGCAGAGAGGAACGCCAUCUCUAAAGCUGUCUCAGAGGGCUACAGGAACUUCAAAGCAAUAGCCAUUGCCAGCGAUCUUCAAGACCAGUUCAUCUCCCCCUGCGGAGGCUGCCGACAGUUCAUGAGCGAGUUUGGGACGGACUGGGAGGUGUACAUGUCCAAGCCUGAUGGCUCCUUCCUGGAGACGCGGGUGAAAGACCUCCUGCCCCUCUCGUUUGGCCCAGAAGACCUGAAGAUGAAGAAAGAAACCCCCAAGGAGUUCUGACUGUACACCUGUCCUGUUACACACCUGUCAUACACCUGUAGCCUCAGUAAUUCAUCCUGCCAUAGACCUAUAGCCUCAGUAAUUCAUCCUGCCAUAGACCUAUAGCCUCAGUAAUUCAUCCUGUCAUGGUCAGAUAUGGCAUCAGGCAUGGCAUCCCACAAAUAUUGGAAUUUAUAUUUACAAAAAUAUAAAUUUAUAUAAACGUAUGACUAUUUAUCUAAUGAUGCAGCAUUAAGUCAUAUAUUGUCAAUAACAUAAUGUACUUUUUAAUUGGUUUUAUAUUUAGAUUUUAUUUAUAUUUGGAAUGGAUAGAAUCUUUAAUCACUUGAGCUAAAUGUUACAGGUAGCAACUAGAAUGGUGCUAAGGAAACCACUUAAAGCUAACUUGACCUAACUCAGUGUGAAUUUGAGAAUUAUUUGUGUAUAUUCAGAUAUGUGCUUUGAUGGUUGUCGGUUAAUAAUGUUACGGUUUUAUGUUCAUGAAUCAUUUCCUUGAGUUGUAUUUGUUGACUGUAGCUUUGGUUUGUAACGUGUUUUAGUCCUGCUCCAGUUCUCUCCCUCGGCAGUUUGUCUCCAUGGUAACGAAGUAGUAAGUCAAACCUGUAGUGCGAAUCCAAACGAAAGAACAAUUUAAAUCAACUUAAUUUUAUUUGUGUUAAGAAGCACAUGAAAAACAAGAAAUAAAUAUCUUA